AUGUGUCGCUAUCCUCUUGGUAUGACCGGUGGGCAGAUUCAGGACGAGGACAUCUCUGCCUCCAGUCAGUGGUCCGAGUCAACGGCUGCAAGAUUUGGCAGACUUGACUUUGACAACGGAGACGGCGAUGGGGCCUGGUGCCCUGACAUCAUGUCAGAGCCGGACGGCCACAAAGAGUAUCUCCAGGUGGACCUGCGCUCACUGCACUUCAUCACACUGGUGGGAACCCAAGGUCGCCAUGCCGACGGAAUGGGUAAUGAGUUUGCCCAGCGAUACAUGAUCAAGUACAGCCGCGACGGCAGCAACUGGGUGGGCUGGCAUGAUAGGAAGGGAAGGCAGGUCAUUGAGGGGAACAGGAACGCAUACGAUGUGGUGCUGAAGGACCUGGAGCCUCCCAUCAUCGCUCGUUUCGUCCGCUUCAUGCCUGUGACAGAUCACUCCAUGAUCGUGUGCAUGAGAGUGGAGCUCUACGGCUGUGAAUGGCUGGAUGGCCUGAUGACUUACAGCAUUCCAGAUGGGCACCAAAUGAUCUACAGAGGCCUGGAUGUCUACUUCAAUGAUUCUGUGUAUGACGGAGCAGCAGCUGAAAGACUGACAAAGGGCCUCGGCCAGCUGACAGAUGGCACCUGGGGCCUGGACGAUUUCCUCCACAGCCACAUCUACGGCAUGUGGCCAGGCUACGACUAUGUGGGCUGGAGCAACAAGAGCUUCCCCAAAGGUUACGUGGAGAUGAUCUUUGAGUUUGACCACGUCCGAAACUUCACGUCCAUGAAGGUGCACUGUAAUAACAUGUUUAGCCGAGGGGUGAGGAUGUUCAGACAGGCCACCUGUUACUUCCGGUCAGGCUCGGAGUGGGAGGCGGACCCGGUGACUCUUAGGCCCGCCGUCGACCGCGUGAGCCAAAUCGCCCGUUUUGUCACCGUGCCCCUCGGAGACCGCACAGCCAGCUCCAUCAAAUGCCGUUUCCACUUCAGUGACCUUUGGCUGCUGUUCAGUGAGGUGGCCUUCCAGUCAGGCUCAGCAGUUUACAAUACAUCUCUGACUCCUCGCAAACACGGACACCCCACAAACACACUACCAGGGGAUGAUCCCACCCAUAAAGUGGAUGACAGCAAUACCAGGAUCCUGAUUGGCUGCUUGGUGGCUAUCAUAGCCAUCCUGUUGACUAUCAUAGUCAUCAUCCUGUGGCGGCAGGUGUGGCAAAAGAUGCUUGAGAAGGCAUCUCGUCGGAUGCUGGACGAUGAACUCACAGCCCGUCUUGCCGUCCAGACCCAGGCCUUCUCCUUCCACCACUCCUCUCUGUCCAGCGAGGGCGGCUCCACCUCCAACUCCACCUAUGAGAGAAUCUUCCCCCUCUGCGCUGACUAUCAGGAGCCCUCGCGCCUCAUCCGAAAGCUGCCUGAGUUUGCUCAGUCCACAGAGCACCUCGCGUGUGAUUUUGUGUCUUCCGCAUCAGGACCGAGCACCUCCUGCAGAGCCCUCGCAGCCAGUGGUUCAGAUGGUGCCCCCCACUAUGCGGAGGCAGACAUCAUCAGCCUACAGGAGUCUUCAGACAGCAGCACCUACUCCAUCACAGCCGUCAACAUGAAUCUCUUUGCUGGCACCGAUUCAUCCAUGAAAGAGUUCCCCAGACACAAGCUCACCUUCAAGGAGAAACUGGGAGAGGGCCAGUUUGGAGAAGUGCACUUGUGUGAGGCAGAGGGCAUGCAGGACUUUUUAGACGAGGUUUUGUCUAUAGAGGGAAACAAUGAGUCACCUCUGCUUGUUGCUGUUAAAACGCUGCGGGAAGACGCCAACAAGAACGCAAGGAAUGACUUCCUGAAGGAGAUCCGAAUCAUGUCUCGUCUGAGGGACCCCAACAUUGUCCGUCUGCUGGCGGUGUGUGUGGACACAGACCCACUGUGCAUGAUCACUGAGUACAUGGAAAAUGGAGACCUGAACCAGUUCCUGUGCAAUCUCAGGCUCAAAGAGGCUGCUGAUGAAGACAAGGCAGAACAAGAAGAGAAGGAGGGGAAGAGUAUGGUCAGCUACAGUAAGCUGAUUGGGAUGGCUGUGCAGAUUGCAUCUGGUAUGAAGUACUUGUCCUCUCUCAACUUUGUCCACCGUGAUCUGGCCACCCGCAACUGCCUGGUGGGUAAGAACUACACGAUAAAGAUCGCUGAUUUCGGCAUGAGUCGAAACCUGUACAGAGGAGACUACUACAGGAUCCAGGGUCGGGCCAUCCUGCCCAUUCGCUGGAUGUCCUGGGAGAGCAUCCUACUGGGUAAAUUCACCAUGGCCAGUGAUGUGUGGGCAUUCGGCGUGACUCUGUGGGAGAUUCUGACUCUGUGUAAGGAGCAACCCUACUCCCAGCUCUCUGACGAGCAGGUCAUUGAAAACACGGGCGAGUUCUUUAGGGACCAGGGCAAGCAGGUGUACCUGCCAAAGCCACCAUGUUGUCCUGAAAGAGUCUACACUGAUCUGAUGCUGAGCUGCUGGAGGAGGAAUGCCAAGCAGAGGCCAAGUUUUCAGGAGAUGCACACUCAGCUGAUAGAGAGUCUGGCGUAG